AUUGCUCCUUUAUUGAUAGUUAAUUAUGCUUUGGCUUAUCAUGCUCAUUUACGGUAAACCCUUUGCUAUUUCCUUGUACGAUAUAAACAACAUAUUCUAAGUGUCAUAAUCUCGGCGCACAGUUGAGGCUGUGUCUUACUAGCUACUACAAGUAUGGCUUUCCAUAUUCAUAUUCGUGAGGAUGUGGACAAAAGAGAGAUUGAGAUCACUGGGAAUACCAAUGAUGCCAUGGGAUAUGCUGAGACUUUGCUACAGACCUACCCAUUUCAUAAAAUCAUGAAAGAAAAAAAAGAAAUUUGUCAUGGCUUCCUUUUUGGACGUUGCUUUGAAGGAGAUGUAUGUAUGGGUGUCCAUUCUACUAUGCCAUAUCAAUGGGAGGUGGAGAAUGGACUUGGUUGGUCAUGUAUCCCAGAGAAUGAGGGCAUUGAGAGAGACUACUGUGACCCAGCAAAGACCGAGAGCCAUGGAAUACCACCGGUGAACUUUAUCCUCAUGAUCCGCGGUCACAGCAAAGUUCGGCGACUUGCUACGGUUUCCUCCCUGGACCAACCAGAAGCUGCCCUUGCUACCGAGUGGACUUGGUACUGGGAAGAAGAGGAUGAAUGCUGGAACGUAUUUUGGUCAUCAACUGUGGAGGACAUAGAGAGGGUGUACAGUGAUCCCUCUCUUGACUCAGUGUUUGAGUUCACUGCUGGACGACACACCUAUGAAGUCAAUUUGGAAGACAUGAUCCAGAGUAACAAGAGCUCACACACCCAAAGACUGGUAAGAAGACGGCCGAUCUUCAAAUCUCCCAGAGAUGUUCAGAGAGCAAUUUGCAUGUCUAAUACCAACACUUCGAUUGUGCCACCUUACUGGGACCAGUCUCGAUUGCCUGGGAACGGCUUUGAGAUGGUUUUGUUGCCAAGCUCAACAGCUGAACACAAAGACAUUAAGGCCUGUUUUGAGAAAACCGCUGUGGGGUUUCACAUACUCACCAUUGAGAGAGUACAAAACCUUUACCAAUGGAACUUCUAUGAGUUGCAAAGAGAUCAGAUGAAAUCCUCAGGGACAAGCAUCAUGGAGAAACAGCUUUUCCAUGGAACUGUCUCUGAACAUGUUGACAGAAUUUGCAAAGACAACUUUGACUGGAGAGUAUGCAGAAACAAUGACAUUCCCUAUGGAAAAGGAAAUUACUUUGCCAGGGAUGCUAGUUACUAUACCAGCCAGUCCGGAGUGAGGUCCAUGUUUGUUUGUCGUGUGCUGGUUGGAGACUACACUGUGGGAAACUCCAGCUGUCGGACACCACCUCUUAAAGAAACAGGAGGAUCCAUCGCCUAUGACAGCUGUGUGGACAACAUCCAAGAGCCGCAUGUGUUCGUAGUUUUUAAAAAGUCUCAGAUUUACCCUGAAUACCUUAUAAAGUUUUAAAACCAUGCUCCCAACCCAAAUUCCUUGGUUUAACCAAACCCAACUGCCAAGCCAAAUCCUGCUUAAUUGCCAAAACUACAAUGGCAGGGGGAGCACAGGGGGAGUCAUGUCCUUGAGGCAGAACCGAGCAAUUUCCACUAGAUGGGCCAGCUGCAAAGUUAAAAUUGGCUAUAUUAUAAUUUAUGAAAACAAAAAGUAGCUUUUUUGUCAUAUUUUAAGGUUAGGGUAAGGUAUAAUGGUUACCAGUGUGGUUAAGGUUAGGGUUAAUACAUUUUAAAUCAGAUUUUAUGACUUUGUGUAUGUGUCAGCUGGUGAACACUCUGCAGAGCUGCCUACAGAACAAAAAAUGCUCACCUGCAUGGUGGCUUGACCCAGAGACAUCAUUUCCAUGGGCACGUGUCCCCUCAGAUAUGUUCAAUAUACACUACAAAUGCUGAUGCUCCAGAUACUCAACUAGACUAAAGAAGGCCAGUGUUUUUGCUUCAUUAAUCAAAACAACAGUUUCAGCUGUGCUAACAUAAUUGCAAAAGGGUUUUCUAAUGAUCAAUUAGCCUUUUUAAAAUGAUAAACUUGAUUAGCUAUCACAACGUGCCAUUGGAACACAGGAGUGAUGGUUGCUGAUAAUGGGCCUCUGUACGCCUAUGUAGAUAUUCCAUUAAAAAUCAGCUGUUUCCAGCUACAACAGUCAUUUACAACAUUAACAAUGUCUACACUGUAUUUCUGAUCAAUUUGUUGUUAUUUUAAUGGACAGAAAAUGUGCUUUUCUUAAAAAAAAAGGACAUUUCUAAGUGACCCCAAACAUUUGAAUGGUAGUGUAUAUAUAUAGUGCAUUGGAAAAGUAUUCAGACCCCUUCCCCUUUUCCACAUUUUGUUACGUUACAGCCUUAUUUUAAAAUGGAUUAAAUAUGUUUCCACCCCUCAUCAAUAUACACACAAUACCCCAUAAUGACAAAGAAAAAGUAGAUUUGAAUUAAAAAUAAAAACAGUAAUACCCAAGAAGACUCAAGGCUGUAAUCGCUGCCCAAAGUGCUUCCACAAAAUACUGAGUAAAGGGUCUGAAUACUUAUGUAAAUGUUAUAUUUCAGUUUUUUAUUUGUAAUCAUUUUUUCAAAAAUGUUUAAAAAUGUGUUUUUGCUUUGUCAUUAUGGGGUAUUGUGUGUAGAUUGAUGAGGGGUGGAAACUAUUUCAUCCAUUUAGAAUAAAGCUGUAACGUAACAACAUUUUUUACUAUUUUCUACAUUGUAGAAUAAUGGUGAAGACAACAAAAAUAGGAAAUAACACAUAUGGAAUCAUGUAGGAACCAAAAAAGUGUUAAACAAAUCAAAAUAUAUUUUAGAUUCUUCAAAGUAAUCAUCCCUCACCUUGAUGACAGACAGCUUUGCACACUCUUGGCAUUCUCUCAACCAGCUUCACCUGGAAUGCUUUUCCAACGGUCUUCAAGGAGUUCCCACAUAUGCUGAGCACUUGUUGGCUGCUUUUCUUCACUCUGCGAUCCGACUCUUCCCAAACCAUCUCAAGUUGGUUGAGGUCGGGGAUUGUGGAGGCCAGGUCAUCUGAUGUAGCACUCCAUCACUCUCCUUCUUGAUAAAAUAUCCCUUACACAGCCUGGAGGUGUGUUGGGUCAUUGUCCUAUUGAAAAACAAAUGAUAGUCCCACUAAGCCCAAACCAGAUGGGAUGGUGAAUUGCUGCAGAAUGCUGUGAAUUCUAAAUAAAUCACUGACAGUGUCACCAUCAAAGCACCCCCACACCAUAACAACUCCUCCUACAUGCUUUACGGUGGAAAAUACAUCAUCCGAGAUCAUCCGUUCACCAAAAACUCCCAUUUGGACUCCAGACCAAAAGACAAAUUUCCACAGGUCUAAUGUCCAUUGCUCGUGUCCUUUGGCCUAAGCAAGUCUCUUCUUAUUAUUGGUAUCCUUUAGUGGUUUCUUUGCAGCAAUUCAACCACGAAGGCCUGAUUCACACAGUCAUCUCUGAACAGUUGAUGUUGAGAUGUGUAUGUUACUGGAACUCUGGGAAGCAUUUGUUUGGGCUGCAAUUUCUGAGGCUGGUAACUCGAAUGAACUUAUCCUCUGCAGUAGAGGUAACACUGGGUCUUCCUUUCCUGUGGCGGUCCUCAUGAGAGCCAGUUUCAUCCUAGCACUUGAUGGUUUUUGCGACUGCAUUUGAAUAAACUUUCAAAGUUCUUGAAAUCUUCCUCAUUGACUGACCUUCAUGUCUUAAAUGAUGGACUGUCGUUUCUCUUUGCUUAUUUGAGCUGUUCUUUUCAUAAUAUGGACUUGGUCUUUUACCAAAUAGGGCUAUCUUCUGUAUACCACUCCUACCUUGUCACAACACAACUGAUUGGCUCAAAUGCAUUAAGAAGGAAAGAAAUUCCACAAAUUAUUUGUAAGAAGGCGCACCUGUUAAUUGAAAUGCAUUCAAGGUGACUACCUCAUGAAGCUGGUUGAGAGAACACCAAGAGUGUGCAAAGCUGUUAUCAAGGCAAAGGGUGGCUACUUUGAAGAAUCUAAAAUCUAUUUUGAUUUGUUUAAAACCUCUUUGGAAUAGGCGGGACGCAAAUGUAAAGUGGCUGUUCCACUGGAUGUCAUAAGGUGAAUGCACCAAUUUGUAAGUCGCUCUGGAUAAGAGCGUCUGCUAAAUGACUUAAAUGUAAAUGUAAAUGUAAAUGUCUCAACUGGCCAAUUGCCAGGGAAAAUGCAGAGAGCCAGAUUCAAAUAAAAUAUUAUACAAUUCAAACUUUCAUUAAAUCACACAUGUAAGAUACUCAAUUAAAGCUACACUCGUUGUGAAUCCAGCCGACAUGUCAGAUUUUAAAAAUGCUUUUCGGCGAAAGCAUAAGAAUCUAUCAUCUGAUGAUAGCACCAACAGUAAACAAAGAGGGUAGCAUAUUUCAACCCUGCAGGCGCUACACAAAACGUUGAAAUAAAAUAUAAAACAUGUAUUACCUUUGACAAGCUUCUUUUGUUGGCACUCCAAUAAACAUCACAAUUGGUCCUUUUGUUCGAUUAAUUCCGUCCAUAUAUAUCCAAAAUGUCCAUUUAUAAACUGCGUUUGAUCCAGAAAAAACAGCUUACAAAAAACGCAACUUCAGAGUGUUUUCUAUCCAAAUAUAUGAAUAAUAUGCAUAUCUUAUAUUCUUGGCAUGAGUAGCAGGAAGUUGAAAUUGGGCACGCUAUUUAUCCAAAAGUGAAAAUUCUGCCCCUAGCCCCAAGAGGUUUUUAACAAUGUUUUGGUUACUACAUGAUUCCAUAUUUGUUAUUUCAUAGUUUUGAUGUCUUCACUAUUGUUCUACAAUGUAGAAAAUAGUCCAAAUAAAGAAAAGCCCUUGAAUGAGUAGGUAAGUCCAAACCUUUGACUGGUACUGUAUAUAAACUCAGCAAAAAAAGAACCGUCCUCUCACUGUCGACUGCGUUUAUUUUCAGCAAACUUAACAUGUGUAAAUAUUUGUAUGAACAUAACAAGAUUCAACAACUGAGACAUAAACUGAACAAGUUCCACAGACAUGUGACUAACAGAAAUGUAAUAAAUGUGUCUCUGAACAAGGGGGGGAGGUGUCAAAAUCAAAAGUAACAGUCAGUAUCUGGUGUGGCCACCAGCUGCAUUAAGUACUGCAGAGCAUCUCCUCCUCAUGGACUGCACCAGAUUUGCCAGUUCUUGCUGUGAGAUGUUACCCCACUCUUCCACCAAGGCACCUGCAAGUUCCCGGACAUUUCUGGGGGGAAUGGCCCUAGCCCUCACCCUCUGAUCCAACAGGUCCCAGACGUGCUCAACGGGAUUGAGAUCCGUGUUCUUCACUGGCCAUGGCAGAACACGGAUAUUUCUGUCUUGCACGAAAUCACGCACAGAACGAGCAGUAUGGCUGGUGGCAUUGUCAUGCUGGUGGGUCAUGUCAGGAUGAGCCUGCAGGAAGGGUACCACAUGAGGGAGGAGGAGGUCUUUCCUGUAACGCACAGUGUUGAGAUUGCCUGCAAUGACAAUAUGCUCAGUCCAAUGAUUCUGUGACACACUGCCCCAGACCAUGACGGACCCUCCACCUCAAAAUCGGUCCCGUUCCAGAGUACGGGCCUCGGGUGUAACGCUCAUUCCUUUGAUGAUAAAUGCGAAGCCGACCAUCAACCCAGGUGAAACAAAACCGUGACUCGUCAGUGAAGAAAACUUUUUGCCAGUCCUGUCUGAUCCUGAAAAGGGGCAUUUCUUUUUUUUUGCUGAGUUUAUAUAUAUAUACCGGCAGGUUCAUUCAUUUUUGGACAUCGACCAAGUUAUUAUUAUUUUAGCUCUCUACCACAGCAUGUUGGAGAUUAAAUAAAAUAAUGAAUAUGUUGUUACA